ACAGAAGACACACCAACGACGGAAACAAACUCUUUCAGCGGUCGAGACUUUGGUAUUCUAAAAUCGUCUGGAUCUUUUAGACUAAUUGCUAAACUGUACAUUUAUGGAGAGGACUAACAAUCAUAAGAAUAAUAUUGGUAGUUGUUUACAUUUUUAAAUUAUGGUUGCAGCUCCUCCUGCUCUGAAAGAUCAGUUGGAGAAAAGUUGGAAACUGAAAGCAAACACACCCUGGAAAUUCAAUUGGGGCCACAUUUGAUCCAGUGGUGAGUAGGUUGCGAUGCUCUCAAAACAGGAGAAAGAGCUUAUCAUAGAAAUAUGGACCAAACUGACCCCUGUGGCUGACCGCAUAGGAGCAGAGGCUCUUCUGAGGAUGUUCACGUCAUACCCUGGCACCAAGACGUACUUCUCCCACCUGGACAUCACCCCCCGCUCGGCCCACCUGCUGUCCCAUGGCCAGAAGAUCUUCCUGGCGUUGGCGGAGGGCUCCGAGGACAUUGCUAACCUGAUGACUAACCUCGCUCCUCUUCAAACCUACCACGCCUACCAGCUCCGCAUCCAGCCCAACAACUUCAAGCUGUUUUCGCACUGUAUGAUAGUCACCCUUGCCUGUUUCAUGGGUGACCGCUUCACGCCCAGUUCGCAUGCCGCCAUGGACAAGUAUCUCUCUGCGUUCUGUGCCGUACUUGGGGAGAAAUUCCGAUAAGAACAUCGCCACCUCCGACCCGAUGUUGCUCAUCCAAUGAAGUCGUAAUGUUUAACAUGUCGGCUAUAGCUCAAAGCUUUAAACGCAUAUGGACAUAUCCGUAUUCAAUGCUGAUCGGAAGGGAUUUCAAUAAGGUUAUCAAUACUAUAACUGAUUUAUUCUAUAAAUGAAAAACCUCUCUCUUUGUUUACAAGAAUCACAUUAUCGAUAUUCCGACUCCAGCCAAGCAGUGCCAGUUUGUGUCAGUACACUGUUCGGCAGAACACUGUUAAGGAGUUUUUUAAAGGCUGAAAGUCUCCCGCCUACUAACUGGGAAGGAUCAAUCUUGCACAUUGUGACUUUGAUAAGAAAAAUUAGUACACGUAUGUUUGUGUAACCUAUAAUUAAUAGUGUAAUUAUGUAAUGCAUCCAGAUGUAUGAUCAGUAUUUUAUUGGGUGCCACUUUUGCAAUAAACUUUAUUA